AGCCGGAAUCGGAGCACUACUCGGCAAGCCAGUGGGCCCCGAUCUGGGUGCGCAGUGGCUUCAAGAGCGCGAGCAAGGCAGAACGCAAGCAAAGCUAAACCAUGUCAGCCACUAAGCUGGUCGUAUCAGUGACCCUACUGCUCAGCGUGUGGGCGGGGGCGGGACAGGCCCAAGUGGCCUACGUGCGCCACCUUUCGGAGUUGCGGAUCAAGGAUUUGGAGGCACUGGCCAUGCGCCUGCAGCGUUCCAUCAACCCGGAAAAGUACGCCUGCGAAAGCUACUACGACUAUGUGUGCAGCCGGAAUCAGCCACUUUUCUCCAUCAUGGGCCACAUGCCGCAGAUGAGUGAGCUCUUCCAGCUGCUGACGGACUUGCAGAACGAUCCGGAGAAGUUUGAGGCCAAGCAGAAGCUGCUCGACUUCUUCAUUUCCUGUAACUCUAAGCACGCCUUGGAGGACUGCUAUCGGGAAACAUUCGAGUACUUCAAGCCCCUGUUCGGAUACAUUGUCACCAAGAACCUACUGGAGGGCAGUUCCCACGAGCUGGCCGACUUUCUGGGAGUCCUAGACCGGUUUGUCCUCACGGCCAAGAAGGAAUUCGGCUCGCAUCCAAUCGUCGGCAAGUUGAGCACGUACAAGGAGAAGUUCAGGUCGCCGAGGAUCUACUUCCACGCUGGGGAUCUGUAACGAACAGUCAUGGCGCGAGAAUCCUGUACUGACAAAUUCGGGUGAGACGGGAGGUGCACGCUGUCGCCGGCCUAGACCUCGUCGGCUAGUGGGUGGGUCCCUCUAAAACUCCUCUCUCUCCCUACAGGAUCCCUGCUGUCCAUCAUAGAAUCUCGAAUUUGAUCGAACGCGUGCCUCGCCUGUCGAACAGCGCAGGCUUACCAAUCCACUCUCUCAAAAACUUUCGGCCCGCAAGCGGUCCAAGGUAGCCCCCUGGAUCGAUCAGGUGACGGCAUGGCGGCUGCAAAUCAGACUCGGCUGUACUUUCUUAGCACAUUAUAAACAUUUUAUUACUUCUAAUCCACAUUCUAAUCCACCCUUAACUCCUAACCUUACAAUCUUAACCUAACUGCUAAACUUCAUUCGAUAUCUCUUAAAACUAGGGUAUAGGUACUAAAUUACAACAAAACUUCAAUCAAAAUCUCUUAAAUCUGAGGCAUAGGAACUAAAUUACAGCGAAACUUCAAUAUUCAAACAUUAGAGAAUCUUAAUUGCAACAAUUUGGCAAUAAAACCCGUAAAGAGAA